GAAUAAUUCUCAGUUGAUUUCGAGACGAUAUUCAGAGCACAGCUUAUUUCAAGGGAAUUUCAGAAGCACUGCGGACGUUAUUUGUGAAUAUGAAACUAAUAAUUCUGGAAACAGUUUUUGUCAUCAUAUUAUUUGUGAAUCCAACAGAACCUGCCGUUGGCCAGGAAUGCUCACUGGGCGACCCCUGCCAGCGCCUGAGGGAGCAGUGCAUCGAGGGAUCCUGCACGUGCAAGGACAAUGCGGUUCUGCAGUUGGACUCCUCUCUCGCCCCAAAGUGUCUCAUUCCUUCUUCAAAACCUUGCGAGACAAACAGCUGUUCGGAAAAUAGUUACUGCUCUGAAGAUGGAACUUGCAAAUGUAAUGCUGGAUAUAUCAACGUAAUUGGAAAAUGUAAAAAGGGAACAUUUCAAGAAGUCCUCGAGCCUUGCUUUGUCGAUAACGGGGAAAUUUUCUCGUGUGAUUUUCAUAAAGGCAGUCUGUGCAAGGCUAGAAAAUGCGUUUGCUUCGAUGCGUUCUUCCUAGAUAAAAGCAGUGGUACAUGCAAACCCAAGUCAAAAUUCCUUAAGGCUCAUAAUCUUACAGAAUAUCGUGUCAUGCCCGGUAACUACUGCAAAAAUGACACCGAGUGCAUUGAAGGAUUAUCCUGCGUGAAUUUUGAGUGUGCUUGCCCUGGUUCCUGUAAAUACAAGGAGGAACUGUCAUCCUGCGACUGUGGUGGUGUACGUAUUCCCUGGGAACCAAUUUUCCUUGGUAUUAUCCUUGGCUUAUUGAUCUUGGAGGUUUGGAGACGAAUCAUCAGAAGGACUAUAAAUAGACACAAGGCAAGUGUUAAGCGAGCUGCAUUUGCCUCCGACCCCGUGGAAUUAAAUCCACUUCAAACCUAGUUGAAUAAAAGAAAUAGAGAAAUAAAAUUCGCUAAAGACUAAA